GCCGGCGACGACUCCCUCGCGGACGAGGGAAAAGUCCAAGCCUCAGGGAAAAACGUCCGGGAGCGGCGGCUGAGAUUUCAACGCAACGACGGCGACGCGAGGAAAAUCGAUGUGAAGGGGACUACCACCGGAGUGGCAGGGCACUCGGAGUGGCAGGGUGCAAUCUGCAGUUUGGAG